AUGGCGGGGAUUCUCUCAUAUAUACCGCUGGUUAACCGGCUGGUGGCGCCUGGCGCGGCGGCAAUCGACAUUGCGCCGGUCGAGGUGCACGACACGGCGUCCAACGCGGGCAAUAAGGGGCGGAGGCUCCUCAACCACCUCCUCAGGGCCAACCACGUGAAUCACUCCAUCAUCUACCACAGCCUGCAGUUCGACAACCACCUGCCGCACAUCCUGUGCUCGGCCUACCUGCUCGGCGCCCAGCCGUCCCAGAUGCACCGCAUCUACGAGGUCGAGUCGGAGAGCUUGGAGCCCUGGAAGGACUCGCCGUCCGAGAUCAUCGAGGAUGACUGGCGCGACUUCCUGGGCGACAAGCGCUACCAGCGCGCCUAUGUCGACUUUUUCGAAGACACCCUGGCCAUGAAGUUCAAGUACGACUGGAAAAAGGUCAUCGAGGAUUACGUGCUGAAGGGCCCCGAGCCCCUGGUCAAUGGCCUCAUUGGCGGCCUUGGCCACCCCCUUAUCCACCUUGGGUAUGCUUACGAGUUUGACAACCGAGAGAUUGCCAUGGAAGCCCUCGGACUGGCGGCUACCCAGUACAACUUUCUCCACAAGUACCUCGACGAUGCGUCGUACACCAGGAAGCCGGCCUUCACAUCGACGUCGCCGACCGAGCUGCUGGACAAGAUAGCCCGUGACGGGCGGUUCGACGGCAUCUUCACUGAGCCGGGAUACGACAACAUCGAGCCGCUGUUCGAGGAGCACGAGUCGCUGGUGCUGGAGUACUGGAACGCGUGGGAGCUCGCCAACCCCGUGGAGCAGUUCCGCGAGUCGCAGGAGGCGGCCGUCGCCCUGCUCGUCGCCACGGUGCCGCCCGGGACGCACGCCUACAACUUCUUCAUCGUCCACCUCCUCACCACCAGCCACGCCGUCCGGAUCCUGCUCCCCCUGCUCCCGGCAAAGUUCCACCUCCCCCUCGUCCGUCAGUGGUGGCUCCUCACGCUGGCCGUCUACGUCGCCGAGCUGCGACCCGAGAUCGACCCCGACUACAUCCCGGCCGACCUCAAGGGGAAGGGCUGGCACUAUGUCGAGACCAAGGCGCUGGAGUCGGAGUGGGCCAUGGAUGCCCACUAUGUCAAAGGUAAGGCUGUAUUUUGGCAUAAUAAAAUGACAAUUUUCCGGCCGAUACCAACAAAAUGUAAAAACCAUCCAUCUAGUAAUUGGCUAUUUCGUGACAUGUCAUUUCGAGGGUUUUAUGUAGCGGCUUGUGAAAAGCACUCAACGCGAAAUCGACGAGUCGCGUCUUGGGCGAUGAGCGCCACUCUAAGGCAAGCUGCGAGUCUAGCUACAACGUCUGCAUCUCGCUAUGUGACAAAUACCCCGCCGGGAAAGCGACGGAAGCGGGCAAUUGUCGACGAUUCCGACGGUGACGGCGACGGCGACGGCGACACCAUAGAAAAGCAACCCACGUCGUCCAAAAACACCCUGAGCCGCUUCCUGUUUUCCUCGCCCGACGCACGCCAGGCCCCCAAAGCAGCAACCGCCGGCGGAGAUGUCGCCGACUCUCCCAGUCCCGUGCCUGCCCGGAAGGUCACGCGCGCCGUGGCAUCCAAGCCACAGCCCCCGGCGAACUCGCAGCCUGCUCCCUCCUUCGCGAGCCGUCUCGCCAGGAAGGCUCCGACCAAAAGCCCCAGCACCAGCCCAGACAAGUCGCGGACACGGGCGCAGAAAAAACUCAAGCUCGAAGAGAAGGAGAAAGGUAAGACAGCAGACCUGAAGACGCUCUUCUCCAGGCAGGCGCAGAGGAGCCAGCCGUCGUCGUCCUUCCCGGGCGCCCCCAGCGCCCCCAGCGCCAGCGCCAGCAACAGGGACGCAAGCAACCCGUUCGCUCUCGACGACCUUAUCAGCGACCCCAUAUCCGACGACGACGUGCCCCUCUACAAGACGGCGUCGGCGUCGAGCAUCGUUGGCAAGGCGGCCCAUAAGCGGUUCAAGGAGGCCGGCGGGUCCCAGCCCGGGACCGUCCCCAAGCUCCCCGGGGGCGCAACAGCAGCGUCCAACGACGGCGACGCGCGGCCGUGGUCGGAGCGGUUCGCUCCCGUCAACCUGGACGAGCUGGCGGUGCACAAGAAGAAGGUGGCCGAUGUAAGGAGGUGGCUCGAGGACGUGCUCAACGGGCGCAUGAGGCAGCGGCUGCUCGUGCUGAAGGGUGCUGCCGGCACCGGUAAGACUACGACAGUGCAGCUCUUGGCCAAGGACAUGGGCUGCGAGGUGCUUGAGUGGAGAAACCCGUCCAACUCGUACGGUGUCGCUCAGGGAUACCAGUCAGUGUCUGCACAGUUUGAGGAGUUCUUAGGGCGUGGCGGCAAGUUUGGCCAGCUCGACUUGGACUCGGAUACGACUCCACCUCCUCUGCCUACGCCGACCCAAACCGAGUCUGCAAAAGUGUCAGAUCGAAGAUUGAUACUAAUUGAAGAGUUUCCAAAUACUUUCAUGCGGUCGUCAACCGCCUUGACGUCCUUUCGGAACACGAUAUUACAGUUCCUGGCGGCAAACACACCCGCCCUCGCAGGCUAUGGGCAGAGCUACUCGUCGGAGCCCGUUACGCCGAUUGUCAUGGUCAUAUCGGAGACGCUGCUUACGACCACCUCAGCAUCGGCCGACAGCUUUACGGCACACCGGCUACUUGGCCCAGAGAUCCUCCGGCAUCCCGGGGCCGGCUUGAUCGAGUUCAACUCCAUUGCGCCGUCGCUCCUUGCGAAGGCUCUGGAGCUCGUGGUGCAGAAGGAAGCCCGCAAGUCCGGGCGUCGGCGCACCCCCGGCCCGCUUGUCCUCAAGCGCCUGGGAGAGAUUGGGGAUGUCCGAAACGCUAUUGCGUCUCUGGAGUUUCUCUGCGUCAAGGGAGAUGACGAUGCCGACUGGGGGUCCAAGGUUGUGUUUACGAAGCCCAAGAGGGGAGCCAAAAACAUCCCGGCGCUGACCAGGGGCGAGCACGAGAGCCUCCAGCUGGUCUCGCAGCGCGAGGCGACGCUCGGGAUAUUCCACGCUGUGGGGAAAGUGGUGUACAACAAACGAGGGGAUAAGCCAUUUCCUCACGGGUCGGUCGAAGCAGCAGCAGAAACGCUGCCCGGCUACAUGGCAAACCUCUCCAGGCCUAAGAGAUCCGAGGUCUCGGUCGACACCCUGAUCGACGAGACCGGGACCGACACGCACACCUUCAUAUCUGCCUUGCACGAGAACUACGCCCUUUCCUGCGAGCAGAGCAACCCGCUAGACCCAGGCACUUCGCUCAACCACGUCAACGGCUGUCUCGAGUACCUCUCCGAGAGCGACUUCCUCUGCCCGUCCUGGGACGUGUUCUUUGGCGGCAAGGGGUUUUCGGGCGGAUACAUGGGCAAAGACUCGGGCAGCCACAUCCUGCGGCAGGACGAGAUGGCGUUCCAGGUCGCCGUCCGCGGGCUGCUGUUCUCGCUGCCGUCGCCCGUGAAACGGCAGACGCACCCCACCGGCCGUGGCGGCGACUCGUUCAAGAUGUUCUACCCGGCCUACCUCAAGCUAUGGCGCGCCAAGGAAGAGCUCGACAGCGUCGUCGACAUGUGGGCCACCAAGAUGCUCAGAGGCGAGGACGGCGGGCCGGGCCCACCGCGUACCGGCAGCAGCGCAGCGACGACGACGGCAGCAUCGCUCAGCAACGGCGCGUCUGCGUUCCUUAAUAAGAGUAAUAGAAUGGCUGGCACGGGAGAUCGCCAGGGUCUAGGCCGAGUGGUGAAACCGGAGCCGCAAGAGGACACGGUCUCUGCGCCGCUCCUCUCUCUCGGCACCGCGGGGCGGCAGGAGUUUCUGCUCGAGCGGCUCCCGUACAUGGCGCACAUUGCGCGCCGACGGCGAGGAAGCAAUGGCGGUGGUGGGUUCGGGUCCAUGCGGCUCAGGGACUUUGACAGGGUGGUGUCGUUUCAGGGCAUCGGGGCGCCGAGGGCAGAGGACGACGACGACGACGACAACGACGACAACGGGCAGGACGGCGGCGGCGGGGGGGGUGCGGCUGGCGGCGACACGUCCUGGGCCACGGACAAGCCCACGGAGGAAUCGGCCAGCCCGCGCAAGAAGAGGCCGCACGGCCUCGGCGCCAUCCUGAGCAGGUCCAGGACGGCCAAGAGCGACGGCGACGACAUGGCGCCGGCGGCCAGCCUGCUGCCGAUCCAGAGCCUCGUGCUCAGCGACGAUGAUAUCGAGGACGAUUGA